AUGUGUGAUGGCCAAUUUCUCAAGACAAGUUGUGGAAGCCCUAACUAUGCUGCUCCAGAGGUUAUCUCUGGGAAAUUAUAUGUUGGACCUGAAGUAGAUGUUUGGAGCUGCGUUGUAAUUUUAUACGCACUUCUCUGCGGCACUCUACCUUUUGAUGAUGAAAAUAUUCCCAACCUCUUCAAAAAAAUAAAUAAAGGAACUCUGGCAAAGUACACUAUUGGUCAUGUGUAUUACUAUCCAGCUUUCCAAUCAUCUAUUCAUGGGGAGAAAUUGAGACAUGAAUUAAGAAGAGACCUCACUAGAGAGACUGCAUGGGAAGCUGUAAUGCGUGUUAAAUGUGGAAAAGGUGUCCGUUUCACAACUUAUCAUGGAAACUUCAUGCUAAAGUCCACAAAUUUGUUGGUACUUCCAGCUAUAGAUUGGGAUAAAGCCUUUUCCAUGCAGUUAACACUUGAAGAGACAUUAUUGACAACUCAAACAUUUUACGUUCAAGUUGCAUUGUUGUAUCCUUUCUUCAAUAGUUCGUAA